AUGAUUUUCAAAAUUUUAGCUUUUAUUUCUUUAGCAAUUAUCAUUGAUGCUGUUGCUGUGAAAAGCAACCCAAAAGUCAUUAGUUUUGAUUUUGAACCAAGAUUUUCCAAUCCUGUCAAAAGAGAUGCUGGUACUGGUACUGGUACUGUUGCCUCGGUCAAGGACACUUAUUGGUUUUUGACUGUUAAAGUUGGGUCGAACCAAGACCCGGUAACAAUUGCAGCUGAUACCGGUAGUUGGUUAACACAAAUCAUUGAUGCUAAUGCCACUUGCCUGAGUUGCAAGAAAUACGGUGUUUACAAUUCGUCUGACUCAUCAACGGUUGUCAAGCUGGGUAAAUCAGCAAAAUCAUUUUUUGGGCCACAUGAACACUAUAUCGGUGAAUUGGUUAGUGAUUCUAUCCAAUUCGGGGAUUUACAAGUGCCUCAAGUAACUUUUAAUGAUGUUUAUAAUUCGAGUGGAUUUAAUGAUGGUAUUUUUGGUUUAGCAAGACCACCAACUGACAAGAAUCAAAGUAUUGCCUGGACUGCUAAAUAUCAUGGUUUAGUUGAUAAAGCUGCCUAUUCUAUCUACUUGCAAAACCUUGAUGGAACUCCAGGAGCUUUUACUAUUGGAGGUUAUGAUGCUGCUAAAAUUGAUGGUGAUAUCUCUUGGACAAGUAUUAAAAAUGCUAAUAUUCAAGCACUUCUUGGUCAUGUUGAAAUUGGUGGAGAAAUUAUUCCCAUUAAUAGAAACUACACUAUGGAUACCGGUGGUGGUUAUGGUUACUUACCACAAGAAGCAUUUAAUAAAGUACUUGCUCAUUUACCUGAUGAUCCAAAAUACGGAAAGAGUCAUUGGCAAGUCAGUUGUUCAUUACUUGAAGGCAAAAAUUUUACCUAUAAUUUGAAUGGUGUUGAUUAUACAUUCCCGUUAAGAACUCUAUAUGUUCCUAGUGAAAAUACUGAUCAUUGUUACAUUGCUUUACGUAACGGAACCACUGCCCAAUUAGGUUCAUAUGUGUUUAGAAAUUUAUUCUUUGCAGUUGAUUUUGAAGAAGACUUGAUUGGACUUGCAAAAUUGAAGAAUACCACCGAAACAAAUAUCAGACCAUUUUAG